AUAGUGGAGACCGCAGGAUAUUGGAAAAAUCGAUCGGUCUAGACGCAAAAGCCCAAAACACCAGUCCUUUUAGACCUUAGCACUCGUUUAAGUACCGCUGUUCGUAAAUUGAUAAGCAAAAGGUCAAUAAUAAUACUGUUAUCACCAUCAGCCAAGACGAGUAUCACAGUGCUCUUAGGCUCCAUCGCUUAUUGUUCUUCGUUUGAUGAGUUCACUAAAAUAUUGGAUCCUGCUAGCGGUUCGAUUAUUUACGCACUUCUUCAUUUGACAAUUUAAUCGCAUCGGUCAGCUAAGUUUGCAAAGUGCCUCAUCGGUUAGCAGUAGUAGCAAUCGAAAUUCGAGUAGUGGUUCCAGUGGCAGUGGCAGCAGUAGCGAUUCCCAUCAGGCCUUAGCACAAGUCUACUGCUGUAACGGAAGCAGCAGGAGUCCGGUAGUUGCAGUUCGUAGCAAAAGUAAAAUGUUGGACUUGGAUAAUCGCCCCAUUCCGGAUCAGAUCGGAUAUCUGAUCAUGUCUGAGGACGGAGCAGUGCUGGCCUCCGGUGGAGAGAUGGAAAAUGACGAGCGGAGUGCGAACAUCAUCAGCGGAUUGUUGACGCUGACGGAAAGCGUUGAUCCGGCCGUGUUCAAGAAGCGUUCGUGCAAGAAAAUAUCGAUAGUAUACGAAGAGCACAGCUACACCAUUUGUCUUUCCAACAAAAAGAUCUACGUGGUCAAGAGACGUAACACGCCGAACCAGAACGGAGCAGCCGGCGAUGCCGAUGCAAGAGCAAUCCUAGCCUAACGUGUGCAAUCUCUCUUGUAGAUAAAUGCAUGCUUCUUCUUAAA